UUGUCCUAGUUCUCUAGGACAUAUACUAAAAUUGGAACGAUACAGAGAAGAUUAGCAUGGCCCCUGCGCAAGGAUGACACGCAAAUUCGUGAAGCGUUCCUCAUUUUGCAAUGUUAAUAUCAACUAAAUAUUUUGCAAAACUAAUAUUAUCUAUUUAAAACCAAAACAAGUUGUACUUUUGAAGAACCGUGUGCCCAUUUCAUGUGUAUACUACAUCUUAAAAAACAAAAAAACUUCAGAAAAUAUGUUUCAACCUAUAAAAAACUUGAAAGGAAGAAGAGAUUUCAUGAUCUGGUCGCCUUUCCUUUGUAGAACAUGUGCAGCAGGGGUGGCAGUAUGCUUCUCUCCAACUCACUCUGCAAGCAGCACCUCCCUCCCCUUCUCUCUCUCUGCUGCUCACCCAGACACAACAUUCCUCCCUCUCUCCCUCAGUCCCGCUCUGCUGCUCUCAGGCACCCCUCUCCCCUUCCCUAUUCUGCCACAGAGUCAUUGAGAGCAGCUCAUGAUGGCGGAUCUGUGGACAUUAUUCACCCAGCUGAUAACGACACUGUCACAUGGGAUGUGUGCAGGAAAGUCAUUGGCCAAUGUGGAACACCAGCAAUUUACACAAACAUAUAAAAGCAGUUCAUCUUCGAGAGAACUCGAGAGCUGCAAAAGCAGUUGAGGAAGGGGGUGGUCGCCAAACCAGACCCCCGAGGUCACUGGCAGAGGCUCUUCAGCCCGAAAUCAGGAAAAUCCAGGAAACGGAUGAAGUGGUCCGGGACUAGAACGCACCAACCGUAAGGGGAAGGUUGACAGUCUGAACAUCCAACCUUCAGACGGGCUCCUAAUGGGACCCUCAUCCUGAAAGCCUCCAGAGAGGCUCAGGGUGUGGGACCCCAGAAGGGAGCCAUGACCAAGGCUGGGCUGUACAGGACCAUCCGGAGGGUCCUUGACAUCGACGGCUGGUACCUCAAGGCCACGGAGUACCUAGAAUGCUGUCGGUGCAAGAAGAAGGUCGGAGGGUGGUCACAAGGCAUCAUCGGGCAGCUGCCCCUCACCUAUAGCUGCCUGUUUCCUGCUGUACUCACGUACAACUGCAUACUUGGAGUGAACUCGGGCCCGGCAAACUGGCCAGACACCAGCCGCCUGGUGGAGGCCAUUUGCAGCCAGCUGUGUCGCCUUCAUCCCGCUGCCACGCGUGUCAGGGGGAUCAUGAGGACCCGGUGUUCCCUCAUCCACGCGGACUACGUGUCCGUGCCGGAGACGGUGCUGGAAAGCCCGAGGCUGAUGGCUCAGACCACCAUCCAGCUCUUUGAGCUGAACCAGCGAACCUUUUCCCAGUGGUUUAACCGUCGGCAGAAGCAGUGGGAGAGGUCUGUGCUGGAGCAAGGGGUCAGCAUCGUCCCCGCUCCAGCUGUUCCAAAACAACCCCUGCUUCCUGCAAAGGAGCUGUCCUUGGUUCGGGUGGGGCAAGGACAGACCUUCUGCUACAACCUCCCAGAGGAGCAGCAGCCCGGCCCAUUCCACAGCCUCCUCUUUGCCCAGAUCAGGCACAGGUCUCCAUCCUUCCCUCCACCUCCUCUGCUCAGCUGCCUCGUCCUCCAGUUGUGCCCAGGACCACGACAUACAGGAGGAGGAAAGCGGCGGAGGCUGCUGCAGCUGAGGGGGUGGUUCUUCCCAAGCAGAAGAGGAAGCAGCAGCUGCAGCAGCAGCAGUAUCUCUGUAGAAAGGGCAACCAGCCCAAAAGACUGGACACGGGAAACACCAGGAUCGGCGGUGUGUCCUACUGUGCCACUUUUGGAGGGAAGAGUGUGGAGGAAUGGAGGAAGGAAGUGAAGGACAAAGGAGGGACCAGACAUAAUCAUGUUUUAAGAAAUUAUUAUAAUUAUAUUACAUUUAUUUUUAUAUUAGUUGAUUAUAAUAAAUUAUAUAUAAUACUAUAAUAAUAAUAUAUGUAUAAGAAAAUACACACCUAUAAAUACACACAUAUAAAUAUAUAUAUAUUUAUAUUACAACACUGAAUGCACCUUUUGUUCACCCCCUUUACAAAUUUGUUUUAUUAUUAAUAAUAUUAAUAUUGUUAUUAUGUUAUUGUGAAGGACACUAUAUAUAGAUAUCUAUCUAUGUAUACACUGCUCAAAAAUAUAAUGGGAACACUUAAACAACUGUGGGGGCAUAAAGCUGUGUUUGAAUAGAUUAAAAGUGUUAUUAUAUUGUUUACCAUUAUAAGAUGAAUUCUGUGAAUUCUUUGUUCUGUCCUUAAGGAAACAGGCCUGUCUGGAAACAGAUUACAUUAGGGAAACGUUCUUGGCGAGAGGAAAGACUAAUGAGCUUGUUAGUGCAGUUCAGCCAGGAAAUCUCAUGACUGCACCCAGGUCACGAUGUCAUUGGAAUUCAGCAUCUAGAUAAGUGAUGAAAUUAUUGUAAACUGUCAUGUACGUCAACUUGUUUUCCAGAUGUCUGGCUGGAGUGUAUUCCCGGAAAAGUAGAGAGAAGUAAUGUUGUAGGUGCCAAGAAGGUUUACGUAAAUGAGUAUGAUGAUUUCAAUUGGUCAAGAGGACCUCAAUACACACCAAUGCUUUGUAUCUGUAUAAAAACCGCCCUGUAAAGACUGAAGGGAGGGAGUCUUCUGGAAUUUUUGAUGAAGAUGAUUCUGUGUGAUUUUUGAAGAAUAAAAGUUCCCCCCCAUGGGGACUGCUUGAGAGAGAUAUUUCUGAGUUCUGUUUUAAUUAUUUUAG